CCAUCUCCCCUUCCUUCCCUCUCAUAAACUCUGCAACUUUCACCACCGCAAUCCGCCUCCGUACACAUCAUCGCUUCAAUCCACACGUCAUCACUUCAAUCCGUUACGUGAUUUCACGAGUUCUAUAAUUCUAUGUGUUCGCUGUGAAAGUGUGAAACCCUAGGUACUGUGAGUUGUGAGGUUUAAUAAUAAUUUUGAUGGCGAAUUCGUACGCUUCUUCUCCGGUUACUGCAUCGCAGGUCGGUUCGUACUUUGUUCAGCAGUAUUAUCAGGUGCUUCAGCAACAGCCGGAGUUUGUGCAUCAGUUCUAUGCUGAUUCCAGUACUGUUGUGAGAGUUGAUGGAGAAUCUACUGAGACUGCAUCUGCUAUAUUCCAAAUCCAUACACUUAUUCAAUCACUACAUUUUAGUGCAAUCGAGAUCAAGACAAUAAAUUCUCUUGAAUCAUGGAACCAAGGCAUCGUUGUGGUGGUUUCUGGUUCUGUGAGAUCGAAACUCUUCAAUGGCUGGAGGAAGUUUGUUCAGACGUUUUUCCUUGCACCACAAGAAAAAGGUUACUUUGUGAUGAAUGACGUCUUUCACUUUGUAAGUGAUGAGGUUACACAUCAUCAUCCAGCACCUGUGGCCCCCGAGACCAAAGUUGAUUCUCAACCCAUUAGUUCUACUCCCUCUGAGUUACUAGCCGGUGAAGAUACAUUAGAGGUUGAAACAAGGGAAAACUUCAAUAUGAUAAAUAUUGAAGGAAACAAUGAAGAGGAUUACUACAAUUCCCACGAACCACAACAUCUGCAACAAGAGGAUUACGAAAGUGAAUCCUAUGAAGAACAGCCACCACUGGAAGAACAUGUCCAACAUUCAGUGGAUUAUGUACAACAAGAACAACCUAUACAUCAUCAAAACACAGUUGAUGAGUAUGUUCAAGAGCCCGUGCAUCACAACACUGUAGAAUAUGCUCAAGAACCAGUUUCUGUUGUGGAAGAGCCUGUUGCAGAGCCUGUGAAAUUCACAUAUGCUUCUAUCUUGAGAUCGAAAGGGAAGUCUUCGCCAUCAGUUCCAGCUCAGCCACCGGUUAAUAAGAGCGUGACACCUGUCUCGGACUGGAGUCAGACUCCUGAACCCGUUGCUCAGCCGCCACCUGUUUCUUACGUGCCUGAAUCUACUACUCAGGUGCCACAGGAAUCUUACACCAAUGAAGAAGGUGAUUCAAAGUCUGUUUAUGUGAGAAACUUGCCUACUACUGUUACUACUCUUGAAAUUUUCCAAGAGUUCAAGAAUUUUGGUAAAAUCAAGCAGGAUGGUGUAUUCUUGAAGAAUCGUAAGGAUGUUGGUGUUUGUUUUGCCUUCGUUGAAUUUGAGGACUUGGAGGGUGUUCAAAAGGCAAUCGAGGCAUCUCCCAUUCAAUUAGCGGGACGACAAGUCUACAUUGAAGAAAGGCGAGCAAACAGCAGUGGCGCUAGUCGUGGAGGAAGAGGAAGAGGCAGUGCCGGCGGAAGAGGACGCGGUGAUGCGUCAAGAGGACGUUAUGGUGGCGGCUCUUACGCAAGAGGCAACGGUUUUCGUUAGAUUUUGGCCUACGGGCCAAACUGGCCAAGUUAUUGGAGGGUUUGUUUCUUUUAAAUUAUAAUGGUUUUGGUUUUUAAACAAAUGUUUGGGUUGUGAUUCUGUGUUGCAUUAUGGUGUUUCAGGGUUUUAGAGAAUUAUUGUACAUCGGUAUUUAUCUCUUCAUUGAUUGCCUUCAAUUUAAGAGAUGCAUGUUUUUGUUUCCUGUAAUUUUAAAUCAGCCGUGAGGGUUGACGACUUAAUCGGACCCCGCAUUUUUUCCUA